AUGAAAAGAAGUACAGAUUCUUUGGAGAGUAGUAAUGAUUCAUUAAAAUAGUUAGGUACGGAAACUAUUUAUUAUGACAGCACUUUGAGUCUGAAUUCAGGAUUCCAAUAGGUCUCCAUAAACAAUAAAUCUUUAUGA